AUGGAUUCUUGUCACGAUUUUUUACCUCAAAUGAGUCUCCAUACAUGAGUAUGUCGUAAAAUUGGAACUCUUUCAAUUUACAAUAAAACUUAGAAAAUUUUAAUAAAAUAUUUACAUUUUACAAUAUAAUACAUUAUUUAUGCAUUACUAACGAAGGAAUUCGCGUAAUUGUUUCGGUUUACGACAUGCCGCAGUCGUCAAACAACAAAUGGAGAGAGGAAGAAGGAGGGGUCGCUUCGUUUCGAAGCGCAGAGAACGACAAUACGAGUCUGUUAUAAGGGCCAGCAGACAGAGGUGGGAAGGCUUGAAACUUAACGAGUGUCAUAGUUAUUCACGCAACAAUCGAAGUGAUUCGGAUCCGGGGGAUUGUGUAGGCCAUGAUCGUGACGUUGAACAAGAUGCUGAGGACGUUCCAGAAGAGGCUAUGGAGAUUGUUUAUAGCGAAAAUAUAAAAGACUCCCCCCGUCUUGAGAGAGAAUGGAGAUGUGGCCGCCGUAUCAUUGAACUAGGGGUACUGGCUGAUGGUUUGUCUUCCUGCAAAAAAUGUGGCCAACCACUUCAGCUUUCCAACUGCCAUGGAAUCGUAAACUUUGGUCUCUCAGCUAUCCUAAAAAUCCCUUGUUUGAAUACUGCAUGUAAGAUGGUAAACAAUGUACCAACAGGGAAAAGACACAAUAAAAUUUGGGACGUAAAUACCAAAUUAGCAGCAGCUGUCCAGCACACUGGAAUAGGUUUUGACCAAAUAAGUGGAAUACUGGCUGAGCUGAACAUGCCACCCAUCAGCAGAACACUGCUCAGUAGUCGACAAGAAGAGAUUGGGAAGGCUACUGAAAGUGUUGCUUCUUUAUCUCUCCAACAAGCCCUAGAAGAAGAAGUUUUAGCGACAAACAUAAAGAAACAGUCAUCCAGCAUAAGUGUCAGUGUGGACGGGGGCUGGCAAAAGCGUGGAAGUGGCCGCUCCUAUGAUAGCCUCACAGGCCAUUGCUCAAUGAUGGGUGCUUGUACAGGAAAAGUCAUUGACUACAGUGUUCGCAAUAAAUCCUGUAAGAUUUGUGAAAAUGCAGAAAGAAAGAAAACCUCUCCUGCUCCACAUGAUUGCACAAGAAAUUGGACAGGAAGCUCAAAGUCCAUGGAGCCAGACAUGGUGGUAGAUAUGGUAGAAAGGACGCUAAAUAAAGGAGUAAGGAUGGAGGCCGUGAUAGGGGAUGAUGAUACUACUGCAAUAUCUCGUAUCAACAGUGAAUUAGAUGCAAACAUUAGAAAACAGUCUGACAAGAACCAUGUGAAAAAGAAUGUUGCAAACUCCUUGUACAAUCUUCAGAAAACACAUAAAAACCUGUCUACAAAAGUUAUCAAGUACAUCCAGAAGUGUUUCAAUUACAUGGUUUCACAGAACCAGGGCAGCCCAAGUGGAAUUGAAAAAGGAUUGACAGCACUGUCCUCCCAUCCUUUUGACAACCAUAAUGAAUGUGAUAAAGUUUGGUGUCACCACAAAAGGGAUCCAACUAAAAAAUUUACAUCACUCCCUUAUGGUCGACCUUUGGAAAAUAAAGAUCUGCAGCAAGACUUGGAAGACAUCUUUAACAAGUUAAAGAAACAUUCCCAGAAAUUAGCAAACCUUGGCAGCACCCAACAAAAUGAAAGUUUUAAUAAAACUGUGGCAUCCAAGGCUCCAAAGAAUCGUCUUUUUAGCAGGACCAUUACCUACAGAGUAGCUGCAAGUGUGGCACAAAAAAAUAUUGGUCAAGGCUAUUUGAUGCAAGUUAACAAGAAAAUUGGUAUUUCUCCUGGAGCCUAUACAAGGAGGUUGGCUGUUUUAAAGGACAGAAUUAGGAGACGGAAAAAAGCCCUGUCCAUAACCAAAGAAGCAAAAAUGAGAAGACUGCACCUAAAAGCAGAGAGAAAGCAAAUGACAGCAGCCAAGGAGAUAAGAGAAGGUUCAACUUAUUGCUCUGGAAUAGCCAUGGCCGCCAGUAUUGAUGCCUGUGAAAUACCACCGCCUAUAAGUAAAGCAUCCUUCCAGCCAGUCGAAAAUUUGAGUGAUUAUCCACAAGUUUACUUUGACCUUGAAUCAACAGGACUAGCCAGAAGCUCAUACAUCACCCAAAUUGCUGCUGUAUGUGGGUCGGACAUGUUUUCCCAGUACAUUUUACCACAGGUCCCAAUCACAGACAAGGCCACAGAAAUUACUGGAUUAAGAGUUUUGGGUGGGAAAAUGUUUCAUGGUGAUGAGGAAGUAAAUGCUGUUCCUUUGGUGGCUGCUGUUGAUGCACUACUGAAUUUUUUCACAAAAUUCCAGUCAAAAAUUAUCUUAGUUGGACAUAAUGUGAAGUCCUUUGACUGUCAUAUUUUUAUAAAUUCUCUACAGAAUUGUUGUAAAACCCAGGAAAUUGGUAACUGUGUUGCAGGGUUUGUUGACACAAAACAGCUGUUCAAAGUAUUUGAUCCCAAUGUGAGUUCAUUUUCAUUACCAAAUUUGUACAAGCAUUAUAUUGGUGAAACGUACAAGGCUCAUGAUGCACUAGAGGAUGUUUUAGCACUACAAAAGCUAGUUAUUUCUGUAGGUGUGGAUUUAGAUGAUCCAAAGUAUUUUUCUUCUUCGUUCACAUUUUCAAAUGCAGUUGAUAGCUAUUUUUAUAGUUCUGAAGUGCGCAAGAAUUUACCUUCAUUAGAGCAUUUGAUUUCAGAGAAGAUAGUCAGUAGACACAUUGCAAACAGGAUUGCAGGGAGUGGACUUUGUUUUAGAUUUUUACAACUUGCAUAUAACAGAGACUGUAAAGAUGGAAUAUACCAUCUCCUUUCUGAAAUUGUGAAAAAAGGUCCACGUGUUACAAAAUCUUUUAAAAUAUGUUCAUCUUUAAACAGAUAUUUUGCAUCAAAAUGUGAAAGCUAAGUUUCAGUGACUCAGCUACAUGUCCAUUUACUGUAAAAUCUUUUCAUUAUUGGCAUUACUUGUGAACAUGCAUGUCCAUUUGAUUUCAUUCUGAUCCUUGUAGUUGUAGUUAUACAAAGUUAUUUCCAU